CCCAGGUGGCCCCAUGCCGGCACUCUGUUUCCCCUUCUCCUCUGCGCUGGUUGCUGCUGUUGCUGGGACGGCAUCCUUUCUCUCUUCUCGGGCGGUGAGCAACGCUUUCUUUCCUGGCUCUCGAGGCCUUUGGGAGAUUUGAUUCGCCUCUCGUCUCGUCGGCGUUCGAGUGGACUUGGGGAGGGAGAAUUGCGCAAUCGUCCCCGACUUCAAAGGUAUCCUAUUACUCGUCCCGAGAAAAAGUUUCCGACUGGACGACUGCAAGGGCCCGUACAGGCUGAAAGGCGGUGGCAGAAAUAUCGUCGUCUAUAAUUUUUGCGGCCUUUUCCCUCGUAUACGUGACGACGGAGAUGAUGAAGCAACACGGAAGAAGGAAAAGAGAACCAAAACACAACAACGAGUUCAACAGCCCCAAGUUCUCUGUCUGUCUUAAGACUGCAAACUCGAAGAUUGUCACUCCAGCCUGCGGGACGCUAACGCCUUUGGGAAACAUCUGUGGUAUGAGAGUGGCAUGAGGUCCGACAGAAAGCCAUCCAGUGAGACAGGCUCUGCACAGAGAUUCACACUCUUGACCUUGCUACGUCACUACCGAAUCCUCUCCUAGUUCCAUCACGUCGAGAGAGGAGGAGAAGGAGGAGUAGACAAAGGGGAAGAGACACCUAGUGGUGAAAGGCAGGAGGACUUCAUCAACGUCCACGAACGGUUCUACAUCCAUCAACGCGAAAGGCCCGACUGAGCACUGUUGAAUCUGGGAACGCAUAUACGUGCAAUCGCCCCGCGCCAACAUCGUGAAUCUCUUCUUUUUCACACAGAACUCUUGUCUCAUCUUCUGCGCCAAUUGCCCCUCGAGUUCAGCUCAUCCACCAUCACAAACCGACAGACUCCGAAAAGCACAAGGAAAGCUAAGAAGACAUGUCGAAAUUCGGUGUCCUCGUCACCGGUCCCGCUGGGGCCGGCAAAACAACCUUCUGUACCGCCCUCAUCACCCAUCUCCACCACAGCCGCCGUUCCGCCUUCUACGUGAAUCUGGAUCCGGCGGCCACCGACCUCAGCUACACUCCCGACCUGGACAUCCGGGACCUGAUCUCGCUUGAGGACGUCAUGGAAGAGCCGCUCUCCCUAGGCCCCAACGGCGGGUUGAUCUACUGCUUUGAAUUCCUCCUGCAGAAUCUCGACUGGCUGGCCGAGGCCAUCGACCCCCUGACAGAAGAGUACCUGAUCAUUUUCGACCUCCCGGGCCAGAUCGAACUGUACACCCACAUCCCCCUGUUGCCGGAGCUGGUCCGGUACCUCUCGCGCAUGGGUCCGCUGAACAUCUCGCUGUGCGCGGCGUAUCUCCUCGAGGCGACCUUUGUGGUCGACAAGGCCAAGUUCUUCGCCGGCACCCUCUCCGCCAUGAGCGCCAUGGUCAUGCUGGAACUGCCCCACGUCAACAUCCUCUCCAAGAUGGACCUGGUCAAGGACCAAGUCCCCAAGCGCGAGCUGCGCCGCUUCAUCGACCCGGACGCCAACCUCCUCGACCAGGAGGACACCGGCCGCGAACUCCUGCCCAGCGCCAGCGCCAGCGCCGGCUCCGGCUUCGGCGGCCCGACGGGAAUAGGAGCGCCAGAGUACACCGCAUUGGACGUCGGCAAUCCGCACGAAGUCGACAACAUUAUGUCUGGAGGAUCGUUCAAGCAGCUCAACCGCGCCGUCGCCCGCCUGAUCGACGAUUUCAGCAUGGUGUCCUUUCUGCAGCUGGAUGUCAACGAUGAGGAAAACGUCGGUGAUGUGUUGAGCUACAUUGACGACGCCAUUCAGUUCCACGAGGCGCAGGAACCGAGAGACCCCAAGGAACCCGAGUUGGAGGACGCCCCCUGGGAGGACUGAUUGGAGAAUGUGCCCGGAAACGGGUUGUGAGCAUGAAUGAGGCACUACUCACCCCAGUCGGGUUUCUCGGAGGAGGGGUCCAUUACAACGAAGAAACUAAAAGCAUCUUUUCAGCGUCGGCGUUGGCUGGUCGGCUUGGGGCUGGUUGUGCAUGUCAAGGUCACGAUCGGGAAGAGUAGAACAGAUACCCAGAAAUGAAUUUUGUACCAUCGCGAAGUGGAUUCCCCUCCAUUACACCAAUGCUGUUUUCAAACAAGACCUUUUUCCCCAAUAUACAACCC